AUGUCGUUUGGAACAUCAAUAUUCUAUAGCCCGUAUGCAUGCCCGGUUUGGUAUAGAUCAGCGCACGCAAAACAAGUUGAUGUCGCCCUCAAUGAGACAAGCAGAAUCAUCACCGGAUGCUUAAAGCCAACACCCCUGGACAAGAUCCACCAUCUAGCUGGCAUCGCCCCUCCUGCCAUCCGUAGAGAGGCAGCUGCACUCAAAGAACGAUCCAAAGCAGCAGCAACUGAACGCCACCUACUCUACGGCAUCCAACCCGCUCAUCAGCGACUGAAAUCAAGGCAAAGCUUCCUGCGAUCGACAGAAGACUACGAGGAACCUAGAACCAAUGUGGACCUUUGGGAGAAGACCUCAAAUCAACAUUGGAUGGAGCCGAAGGAACAAUUGGCACCAGGAAGCGACGAAAACUGGGAAACUUGGAGAGCUCUUAACAGACUGCGUACGGGCACAGCGAGAUCGAGAGACACUCUUGCCAAGUGGGGCUACCAUGUGGACUCCAACCUCUGCGAAUGUGGAGCACUACAAACCACCCAACAUAUGUAUACUUAGGACCUUAUGGCAGCAAAGUCGAACGCAAUUGACGUCGCCCGCUUCUGGGCAAAACAUGUUUAGUUUCCCGUCUCAAAUGAUGUUUAUACAUGCUAUGUUUGUUUUAUAUCUAUGUUUUAAUGUACUGUGGUUUCAUGUAUAACUUUUGUGUUUGCAAUUUUACUUAUUAUUAUUAUUAUAUGUAAUUAUUGUUGUUAUUGUUGUUGUAUGUGAUAUUAUAUGUAUAUGAAAUGUAAUCUUGAUGAUGCUUCUGACA